UCUUCUCCACGCCCACCAACUUCAACAAGCACUUUCCCCUCAAACAGCCCGGUCUCUUUCCUUCAAGUCAUGUCUAGCAACAUGGAAAUGUCUCUUGAUGAUAUGAUCGCCUCUCGUCCCAAAGGCGACCGUCGUGGCUCCAACCGCGGCAAGGCUCGCGCUCAAGUUCUCGGAAACACGGGCCUCAGUCCGGCUGCGAAAGCUCGCAAGGCUGCUACUGCACCGGCCAAGGCCAAGGGUCCCGCACCAGCUGCUGCUGCGGCGGCCACUACCACUCCCUCUGAGAAGAUCAUUGUGUCGAAUCUUCCCCCCGACGUGAAUGAAUCUCAAGUCAAGGAACUUUUCCACACAACCAUUGGUGCUCUGCGGGAAGUCACCCUCCACUAUGAUGCCAACGGCCGGUCCAAAGGAGUCGCUACCGUUCAGUUCAUCAAGAAAGGCGACGGCAACCGUGCCUUCAAGGAAUACAAUAACCGACUCAUCGAUGGCAGACGACCCAUGAAGAUCGAAAUCGUCAUGGACCCAUCGCGCGUGCCACCGGCCCCGCUGGCGUCACGCGUAGCCCCAGCAGCUCAAGCCCAGACUCAAACGGCGACACCGCGUGGUGGUGCCCCUGCCCGUGGUCGGGGUGGCCGUCGUGGCCGAGGUGGAAAAGCCAAGGGCGAGAGACCGCAAAAGUCAGCGGCCGAUCUGGAUGCCGAGAUGGAGGACUACACCGCCUUGAAUCCUCCUGCCACUACUACCGCUGCUUAGCUUCCCUUUCUUUUGUAACAAUACGAUACAUACCAUUGAUUAAAUUUGAGAUCACAUCAGACACAAUAAA